AUGUCCCAGGGUACCCUCUACGCUGACCAGAGAAUCAGAUCGGUGGCUGUUGCUGCCAUUGUCAAGCACUUCGACUUGGACGUCAAGGUUGUCGCUCCUGCCGACGACAAGGCUACUUUUGACAAGUACUUUACCACUGGUAGAGUUCCAGCCUUUGUUGGACCAAAGGGCCUCAAAUUGACCGAGUCUAUUGCUGUGUCUAUUUACUUGUUGAGCCUUGUCCCAGACAACAAGUUGUUGGGUAAGAACGCCACCGAGUACGCCGAGAUCUUGAGAUGGGCUUCUUUCUCCACUUCCGAGGUGUUGACCACCAUCGCUAAGGCUUUCAAGCCAAUCAUUGGUAAGACUCCUUACAACAAGAAGCAGGUUGACGACGCUUUGGCUUACCUUGAGCAGAUCAACGCUGUUUUCGAGGCUAGAUUGACCAACUACACCUACUUGGUUGGCGAGAGAAUCACCUUUGCUGACUAUUUCUCUGCUUGUCUCAUCGUCAGAGGUUUCAACUACUUGUACGGUGCCGAGUGGAGAAAGGCUCACCCAGCCAUCACCAGAUGGUUCAAGACCGUUGUUUCCCAGCCAUUCUUGAAGGAUGUUCUUGGAGAGGUUGAGCUCAUCGAGAAGCCAGUCGAGUACACUCCACCAAAGAAGGAGAAGAAGGAGAAGGCUCCAGCUGCCCCAAAGAAGGAGGCUAAGAAGGAGGUCAAGAAGGAGGCUGAGCCAGCUGAAGAGCCAGCUGCUGCCCCUAAGCCAAAGCACCCAUUGGAGGCUUUGGGCAGACCAACUCAGGCCAUUGACGAGUGGAAGAGAGUUUACUCCAACGAGGAGACCAGAGAGACUGCUAUUCCAUGGUUCUGGAAGAACAUGUACAACCCAGAGGAGUGGUCCUUGUGGAAGGUUGACUACAAGUACAACGAUGAGUUGACCUUGACCUUCAUGUCCAACAACUUGGUUGGAGGUUUCUUCAACAGAUUGUCUGCUUCUACUAAGUACAUGUUCGGUACUUUGGUUGUCUACGGAGAGAACAACAACAACGGUAUUACCGGUUUCUUCUUGAUCAGAGGCCAGGACUACGCUCCAGCCUUUGAUGUUGCUCCAGACUGGGAGUCUUACUCUUACACCAAGUUGGAUGCUUCUGACGAGGCCACCAAGUCUUUCAUCAACAACAUGUUGGCUUGGGACGAGCCUGUUGAGGUUAACGGUGAGAAGAGAGAGAUUGCUGACGGUAAGGUUUUCAAGUAA